AUGAAGUUAAAUAUCACAUUAAUAAAAGACUGCUAAUUGAUAAACAACAAAUUGAGCAAUAACAUUGUCAACAACCUUUGCAUUAUGGUGAUUGCAACCUCUGCUUUAAAGCCAAACUUUAAACAUGAUGAAACAAAUAUAUUUGAACGAUGAUGACAUUGAAAAAGUCUAUCUCACAUAUUUAUUUUAUUAUUUUGUACAAUUAAACAACUCAAUUCAACUUAGUGACAAAAUUUCCCCUUGUCUUACUUAGUAGGACUCUCCCUUUUCCCAACUAAGACUUGUCCGGUAAAUUUGUGUCACGCGUUCUUUAGAAGAAAAGUUACUGUUUCAUGAUGAUCAACAAAAAAUCCAUUUGCAUUUAGAACAGUUAUUAUCCGCUAUAUUCUCAUUUUUCAUUGCAAUAAUUUUGUUUAAAUUCCUUCUCAACCGUCUCAUCUUAUUCAAACAAAAUUUUGCUGCUCACUCUAUGUUGAUGAUCACCUUUGAACUACACGUUCUAAACACCAAUUAGAUCCAACCACCACCAAACUUAAAUUUGUGCCGCCUUCAUGGCCUAACUACCAGCACGGCCCUGAUGAUAACAACCAUUAUCAUCAUGUUUUAUGAUGGUUACAACCAAUCAAUGACGGCAGUAAUUAUGCUCAUGCCACUAUUACAACCAUGAAAUAUUGUUAGUAACACACAACAAUCUAUUUUCUAAAACUCAAAUGGCCUGACACCCAGACCACCCAUUGGACAAUGAGAAUUAUACCCAAAAACAAAUGUUUGACUAUUUUCAUUCGACAGAAAUCUUAGCGGUUAAAGGCACUGCCUUACCUUUCAAAUCAUACGCAACUUUUAAAUUUUAGUUACCACUGUACACCCUGUACCGUACAACUUUAUGAUUUCCUGCACUACAACCUUCUCUGUAUCAUUAUGUUGAAUGCUCGUAACACCUACAAUUAUUCCUAGACUACUUUGUUACCAUGAAUUGACGCAAUAGUUUCACGCAUCCAAGAAGUGAAACAUCAGUUGGAUGCAACUUCAAUAAAAGGUUUCUUUUAGCGAGAGGACCACACAUUCAAAAGGUAUUGCACCAAGUAUGCUUCACCAAACUUAUCUGCUUCCCCUUCCAAGGAUUCAUCAACUGAUGACAAAAUCUACCAUGUAAUCAAUAAACACCAUUAAUCAACAGGAUCUGUGAGGCUUACCCAAUGAUGUCCUUUGUAUCUUGCAUUAAUUGACACUUUUAAUGAGUCCCCAUACUCAGUCUUCCGGAAGCAUUAUUUAUUAGAAAGGCGGCUUGUAUUUUGUAUGGCCCUGCAAACUCCUUCGGGACAUUAGUUUCUUUUUUCUUCUCUCUUUUUUUCUCCUCAAUUCUCCUAAAUUCUCUUACCUUCUCCUUGUUUGGUGACUGGGGAGAGAUCGUUGAUGGCCUUAGAUGUGAGCUUGUUGGCACAGAUGCUAAAAGGUUACGAGGAAGGGGAGCAGAAAAGAGAGCUCGUCACCAGGGACUUGCUAGGCGGUGGCGGGGCAGUGCUGCGAUCCGCCGAGGUGGAUCUCGAGCUCAGAGUCCCAGCCGGUUGGGAGAGGCGGCUUGAUCUAUUGUCGGGAAGGACGUACCUCCAGAAGCGCCACCAUGAUCCGGUGCCUAUUCAUCGCCACGACCCCAACCUCACACUCCCUCCGCGAUCCUCCGCCACCCUCUUUCUGAAGCAGUGGGCGGCGGCGACACCCUUGGGUCACCGCAGCGUGUGCACCCUAGAGAAGGUGAAGUCCGCCCUCGAGCGCGCCGGCCGCGAAGAGCGGCCCCCUGCUGCCCGCCUCCCCGACAGCUCCCCGUCGCCGCCCUCCCGGUCGGUAGCCACCUCCUCCUCCUCCAUGGCGGCCGACCGGGGCGUGGACGGCCGCGGCCCCGAGUCGCCGCCCGCGGCUAUGGCGGUCGCCGGGUGCCCGGUCUGCCUCCUCUACGUGUUCGUCUCGGUGGUGGACCCGAGGUGCCCGAGGUGUGCCGCGCACGUGCCGGUCCAGACCGAGCCGAAGAAGCGACCCAAGUUUGACCUCAACUCCCCAACCCAAAUCCUUGAUGGAGUCGAUGACCUGAAUUAAUACAUAUAUGUGUAUAUAUAUA